CCGGGCCGCCGCCGCCGCCGCCCGAACACGGCGUUCCCGCGGCCUGGCGCGCCCUGAGCGCGGGCCCGUCUUGCCGUUCGCCCGCCCCGGGGCCCCCUUGUUCUCCGCGCCGCCGCCGCCGCCGCCAUGUUGGGUUUAGAGCCGCAGCGGAGCCGCCGCCGCCGCCGCGGGUGAGGGAGGCCGGAGAGCGGAGCCCGCCCCGCCCCGGGGCCCAGGGAGCGGGGCCGCCUCGGAGCCCGGCCUCUCCUCGUUCCACCGUCCGCCCGCCUGCCUGCCAGCCAGCCUGCCUGCCUGCCUGCAGUGCCAGCCAGCGAGCCAGCGAGCGCCGGGCCCCGGCCGCGCCUUCCGCUCCUCGGCCUGAGCGAGCCCGCCGCCGCGGGGCCCGGCCCCAGCCUGCCGCGGGGCCCCCGGGAGGCAGCGCCAUGGCGGAGCAGACCUACUCCUGGGCCUAUUCCCUGGUGGAUUCCAGUCAAGUGUCUACAUUCCUGAUAUCCAUCCUCCUUAUCGUCUAUGGUAGUUUCAGGUCUCUUAAUAUGGACUUCGAAAACCAAGAUAAGGAGAAGGAUAGUAACAAUUCUUCUGGGUCUUUCAAUGGCAACAGCACCAAUAACAGUAUCCAAACCAUUGACUCUACCCAGGCUCUUUUCCUCCCCAUUGGGGCAUCUGUCUCUCUUCUAGUAAUGUUCUUCUUCUUUGAUUCAGUUCAAGUAGUUUUUACAAUAUGUACAGCAGUUCUUGCAACAAUAGCUUUUGCUUUUCUUCUUCUCCCGAUGUGCCAGUAUUUAACAAGACCCUGUUCGCCUCAGAACAAAAUUUCCUUUGGUUGCUGUGGCCGCUUCACUGCUGCUGAGUUGCUCUCGUUCUCCCUGUCUGUCAUGCUUGUCCUCAUCUGGGUUCUCACUGGCCAUUGGCUUCUCAUGGACGCUCUAGCCAUGGGUCUCUGUGUCGCCAUGAUCGCCUUCGUUCGCCUGCCAAGCCUCAAGGUCUCCUGCUUGCUUCUCUCAGGGCUUCUCAUCUAUGAUGUAUUUUGGGUGUUUUUCUCAGCCUACAUCUUCAAUAGCAACGUCAUGGUGAAGGUGGCCACACAGCCAGCUGACAAUCCCCUCGAUGUUCUGUCCCGGAAGCUCCACCUGGGACCCAAUGUUGGGCGAGAUGUUCCCCGCCUGUCUCUGCCUGGAAAAUUGGUGUUCCCAAGCUCCACGGGCAGCCACUUCUCCAUGCUGGGCAUUGGGGACAUCGUGAUGCCGGGGCUCCUGCUAUGUUUUGUCCUCCGCUAUGACAACUACAAAAAGCAAGCCAGCAGCGACUCGUGCGGCCCCUCUGGCCCAGCCAACAUCUCUGGCCGCAUGCAGAAGGUCUCCUACUUCCACUGCACCCUCAUCGGCUACUUUGUAGGUCUGCUCACUGCUACCGUGGCGUCUCGCAUCCACCGAGCUGCCCAGCCUGCCCUCCUCUACCUGGUGCCAUUCACCUUAUUGCCGCUCCUCACCAUGGCCUAUUUAAAGGGUGACUUGCGGCGGAUGUGGUCUGAGCCGUUCCACUCCAAGUCCAGCAGCUCCCGGUUCCUGGAGGUAUGAUGGAUCCUCGGACGUGACCACAGUGGCCGUCAUCAUUCUUUCCUCACCUUGUGGUUUUGUUUCCUCUUGAAGCCGGCCUGGUACAGAGGUGUGUACCUGUCCUGAGACUUCCGGGUGCCUGGCGCGCAUCAGACGGAGCCCGCUUACAGGAGAGGGUGCUGAGGCCCCGCGUGGCAGGGAAAGCCGCAGCCCCCGCGGCCGCCUCCUCCAUUUUCAUGGAUCUGCACAGACUGUAACCUUGCGGGGAGAUGGAGCUGUGACUCUAAAAGCUACGGAUGGCAAGGAGUCAUUGUGGAGCUGUGGAACACUAAAAGCAUCAAAAGCGUUAGCAAACCGAAGUUUUCUUCAGUGACACCCCUCCCAAAAAAAAAACAAAACAAAAAAAAACAACUUUGGGACCAGUUUCCUAUGGGGACUCAGUUUCCGAGAACCAAGACAGAAGCUCUUCUGUCACAUAUUCUUUCUUUUUUUUGGAUUUAUUAAAUAUUUUCUGUGGUGUGAAGUGACUUAUUAAAUCCACAGACAUUGUGACUUCUUACAGCACUCACAUAAGGAUUUGUUGAAUACGUUCAUGUCCACCCAUCGCCGUGUCGGCAGUGAACAAGGGCACGGUUUUUAUACAGACAUACAGAUAUAUAUAUAUAUAAACACACGCGCGCGCAUAGAUAUACGAGUAAACAGAAGACAACCAGUCCGGACCACACCGUGAGAGACGGGCUGCGGGAAUUGAGCAUGUAGAGCAGUCCACGUGGCCUCCCUGUCGGAGCUGUGUCUUCCCGUGAGCGAGCGACCCCGCGGUCACCGCACCGCGUCCAGACUGGUGGACUCGUGGCUGCAGGGAACGUGUACUCUGCUUGAUCAGCGUAGCAAACUAGGGAUGAAAAGUUGAAAACUUUUUGGCGCUUUUCUUUUUACAGCUUCUCCCUCGCAGGAUUUUUCGUAGUUUCUUCUUGAGCCAAUGCAUGUAUGAUAGCGGCCAGGCGUCAUUGUGCUUUCUGAUCAUAGUCAUGUACUCCCUGUAAAUACAUUUUUCUAUUUUAUAUUUUUUUGUAUUUUUUUGGCAUUUUGUUUCAUUGGUGUGCUGUAUUUUCCAUGCCCUCACUCCUUUAAGAAAAAAAAAAAAAACGGAAAAAAAGCAACACAAUGCUGUCCUUGCUGUUGUGAUUAUAGUCUUGCUUUCCUUCUGGUGACAGCUGAGUGUUGGGGACAAAUGUCAUUGCUCCUAGCACUGGUGCCUGGCUCACUCAGGAGGCUGAGGUCUGAGGAUCACGGUUCAAAGCCAGCUGAGGCAGGAAAGAUGGUGAGACUCUUAUGUCCAGUUAACCACCUGAGAGUGGUGCUGUGGUUCAAGUGCAGAGCACCAGCCUUAAGCAAAUAAACUCAAGGACAGCACCCACACCUCAGGACCAGCCUACAUACGCGCACACACAGUCAUUGCUCCCGUGGGGCUGGCAGCAAAUCCCAGCACUUGGGGAAAGCGCAGGUGGCCUGUCCCCAUAGACUGGGCCAGGCUGCCUGCCCACUCUAGAGCAGCCCCCCUGGGGAAGAAGGUGGCUGUGCUUAGAGGCAGAGAGGAGUCUGGAAUUGUCCCAAAGUUCCUGAUAGCAGGUUGCUGUGUGUCAGUCUCCAGGGCCGGUGUGCACACUGUGGGUCA